GACGUUCGUGCGGGGUUUGGAAUACGCAUAAUCGCACCAUCUGUCAACGGGACGACUAACCUGCAAGAGCUGCGUCACGAUCGGUAUUUUUUAUGUUCGUACUCCCUUGAGCACGUGUGGCUUGACGUACGUUAGACCAGAUUUUUUACGAUUCUAUUAACAACCCUAAAUCAUGACGAGUACGAGCGCUGAGGAGGACAUCAAAGUGUUUCAAUCGCUCGGAUUGAGCGAACAGAAGGCCAAAGAGACCCUGAAGAAUGUGCAAGUGUCGAAACAUUUGAAAUCCGCUAUUGCUGAGGCUAAUAAGUAUGGUGCUAUUACCCCAGAUGUUGGUACAUUACUAUACCAUCUAGCAUCUAAAAUAAAGCUCCAGAUUUCGCACAACAUAGCUCUUCUCUCAAAGUUGGUCGCAGCACGAAAGCUCGACACAACUCAACGGGUAGAUGCUGCGUUGGAGUAUUUAUUACAAAAUAUUGAAGGCACCUUAUGUGUCGAAAAAUUGGAGAAGCACUGCGGCGUCGGGGUGGUUGUGAGUCCGGAAGAAAUUGAACGUGAAGUUGAGAUAUUAAUAAAAAAACACAAAGAUGAAAUUUUGGAAAAAAGAUACCGAUUCAAUUCUGGUCCUCUGAUGCAAGAGGUACGUAAAAUUCUCCAAUGGGCUGAUGGAAAGGCUGUGAAAAGUGAAAUUGAAGUCCAGCUACUCGUUCUCCUUGGUCCUAAAUCAGAAACUGAUCUGGCCCCAGUGCCUAAACAGAAGCAAGUAAAAGCAAAGCCAGCUGUAAAGAAAAGUGAUAAGACAGAUGAAAAAAAGGAGAAAAUUGAAGAAGAGAAAUCAUCUGAGGCCCGGACAAUAAGCGAGUUGAUGAAAACUAAAGUUCAUUUUCAUAAACCUGGGGAGAAUUACAAGACUGAGGGAUAUGUUAUUACUCCUAAUACUCAUAAUCUUUUGAAAGAACAUUUGAAAAUCACCGGAGGUAAAGUCAGGACAAGAUUUCCACCAGAACCUAACGGGAUUCUUCAUAUCGGGCAUGCGAAAGCCAUAAACAUCAACUUUGGCUAUGCAGAAGCCCACGAUGGAUUGUGUUAUCUACGUUAUGAUGAUACGAAUCCUGAAAAAGAAGAGGAGAAGUUUUUCAUCGGCAUUCGGGAAAUGGUAGAAUGGCUUGGAUACAAACCGGCAAAGAUCACUUAUUCAUCUGAUAAUUUCCAACAAUUAUACGAAUGGGCUAUCAAACUUAUAGAAAAAGGUCUUGCAUAUGUCUGUCAUCAAAAAAGUGAAGAAAUGAAAGGAUUCAACCCACCACCUAGUCCGUGGCGCGAAAGACCGAUCUCUGAAAGUUUACAAUUAUUUCAGGAUAUGAAAAAUGGGAAAUUAGAAGAGGGUGAGGCUACAUUGAGAAUGAAAUUGACUUUGGAAGAAGGUAAACAAGACCCUGUUGCCUACAGAAUAAAAUAUUUUCCACAUCAUAGAACCGGCGAUCAGUGGUGUAUUUAUCCUACGUACGAUUACACGCACUGUCUGUGUGAUAGCUUGGAGAAUAUCACUCAUUCUCUUUGUACAAAAGAAUUUCAAUCCAGGAGAUCCUCAUACUACUGGCUUUGUAACGCACUGGAUAUCUAUUGCCCAGUACAGUGGGAAUAUGGAAGAUUGAAUGUUGGAUAUACAGUGGUCUCUAAGAGAAAAAUUGCUAAAUUAAUCGACGAAGGAUUUGUGAACGAUUGGGAUGAUCCAAGAUUAUUUACUUUGACAGCCUUACGGAGGCGAGGCUUUCCUGCGGAAGCUAUAAAUAAUUUUUGCGCUCAAAUGGGAGUAACUGGUGCUCAGGUGGUCGUUGAUCCAGCUGCUCUGGAAGCAGCGGUUAGAGAUGUCCUCAAUAUCACCGCACCUCGAAUGAUGGCUGUUUUAAAUCCCGUCAGAGUGACGAUCAGUAACUAUUCUGAUGAAGGUGCACGUACAAUAAAAGUCCCAGAUUUUCCUAGUGAGCCAGAAAAGGGUUAUCAUGACAUCAUUUUUGAUGAUACCGUUUAUAUAGAGGCAUCUGAUUUCAAAGAGAAUGCUGAAAAAGGGUUUAGACGGUUGACUCCGAAUCAAUCUGUUGGAUUGAAACACACUGGUGUUGUUAUUACAUUGCAAUCUGUUGAAAAAGAUGCUUCUGGUAAUAUUACCAAUUUGAUUGUCAAGCAACAGCCUGUAUCAGAUGCAAAUAAACCCAAGGCAUUUAUACACUGGGUCGCUAAACCAUCAUUAGCUUCCGUCAGAUUAUACGAGCCCUUAUUUAGACACAAAAAUCCUGAAGAUCAGAACGAAGUUCCUAACGGAUAUUUGAGUGAUAUUAAUUCACAAAGCAAAAAAGAAGUUGUUGGAUAUGUUGAUGCAGGAAUAUUGGACAACGUGCAGCCUUUUAUUCAAUAUCAGUUCGAAAGAAUCGGCUUCUUCUCCGUUGAUCCUGACAGUAAACCUGGAAAGCUUGUGUUCAACAGAACGGUAACUUUGAAAGAGGAUUCUGCAAAGGUUUAAAAAAAUUGAAUUCAUAUGUAAUAUAAUUGUAGAAAAACAGUUAGUUUGUUUUUGUAUUUCAUGAAAUUUAUACCAAACGUAACUUGAAAAAAAUCAGAGAAUCUAAGAGAAUAACGCAACACCUAGUCAUAGGUGAUAAUCCAACGUCACUGAGAAAAAUCGGACUUAGAGUACUGCAUUUGAGAAUUUACAACAUUGAUUUGUUUUACAGCUAUAUUUUUUACCUUCUAGUAUACCAUAGAAGCAAUAUAUAUACAAUAGAAUACUGUUUUUUUUUUUCACUCUCGCUUUAUUGCAGUAGCGAUCAUACAUAUUUUUGUAGUUGUAAUAAACGGUAAGCAUACAUAAUUACAGUUUCUAUACAUCGUUGCCGACGGUAGUGGUGUUUUCUAUUUGUUUUAAAAUUCUCUAAAAUCUCAUUUGGUUGUUUAUACUUUGUGGAUAAAGGAAAUUUUGGAGAUUACUCUUAACUCAAAUUAGAUUAGCUGUUUUAGACAAGCUAUAAUCAAUUCAUCAUGCAGGACUCAUAAGUCGGGACCAUGUACUUAAUGUUGAUGAAUGCGUCUUCCCCACCAUAUCUCUCUAAUAUUUCCAGUGUCUCUUGUAUCACGUCCGCGGCGUUUUCUCCUCUUUGUUGGGAGUAGUCAAUACCUUCACCCAGAUUGACUAAAACGCGAUGAAUCAUUGUUAUGACUUUAGGAUGAUAUUUUAAAUAAAGAUUACAGUUUA